AUGCGUAACAUUCUGGCCCUUCUCUGCGUCUUUCUUAUGGCAGCUCAUCAGAGCACUAGUCUUCUCACAAAGGGAGAAUCCAUCAGAAACACCAUACACAACAUUGUAAACAUUGCUCAGAUAACCCUUGUCCACAUUAAGAAACUAAAGUUGCUGGCUUCACCGAUAGGUGUUCCCCCUCCUUCCAUUCUAGGACUAAGUAAUAUAAGCCAUGAGCUUGGAGUUUUGGAUAUUGAACUGCAGCAGCACCCUUUCCUCAUCCAGAUUCAGGCUGAUGUCUCCAGCUUGGAAGGAAGGGUGCGCUCCCUCGCCUUCUCAAUGGAGUGUCCCCUUAAGCCCAAACCAGCAGUACAGAUGAAUGAGAGUGUGUUCCCAGAAAGCCACCUUUACAUGACAGUGACAAAGGUGCAGCACUACCUAGAGGAACUUCUUCUCAACAAGGGCAAACUCAAGCUCUGCUAACAAAUUUAAGCUUGAUGCAUAUAUAGUAAGCCAGGACUUGACCCAGUGUAGGCAAAGGUUAAUUUGUCUUUGUGAUGCAUAUUUUCUAUACAUAUAAUUACUACGUGGACAACUGUCAGUCGUUAAAAGCAUGCAAUUAAUUCCAAUAAUUCAGCGAUUUGUAAUAUAAUGAAAAAAACUAUAAAGGGCAUCUUUUAUUUCAUACAACAAAUGUUUUAUAGGGUUUUACAGAUAGAUU